AUGGUUGUCCAACGUGAUCGCACGCAAGAACUGUAUACACUCUUUGAGAGUACAAAACAUAUGGGUGGAUCCGGUCUUCACGAUGGGGUUGGUACUACACAAGCGGAGCAACUUCCACUUCGACCGCAUGGAGGUUUACAUUCUAGUAGUGAGAUUCAACUAUUUAAUCGUUUUGCACAGGCCUUCUCAACCGAUUUGGCCCGUGUCUCAGAGACUAUUAUGCGGUUAACAAAACUCACACAGCGUCAAAGUGUUUUUGAGGAUCAGUCUUCGGAGAUAACGGGACUCACACAAGUGGUGAAGUCAUCUUUACAACGACUUCAUACCGAUUUGGAAACACUUGAGGAACUUAAAAAACGUGCAUUAGAGGCACAGAAGUUAGCUGCAGCCAAAUCCAGCGGUGGAGGAUCUAUGGAAUCACACAGUUUAUGGGGUGGAGGCAGAGAUGCAGAAUCUUUAGUUCGAGCCUCUACUAAACAUACAGAUACGGUUGUAGAAACAUUAAAAACACGUCUUGCACGAACUGGGCAACAAUUUCGAACAACACUUCAACAACAAACAAGGUCAAUGAAAGAUAAUGCUCAACGACGUCAUUUGUUUACAACAGGUGAACGACCACAAACUUUUGAAAGUGCUCUAUUUCAAGAUCAAGAACAACAUCAACUUCAGCAGCAACAAUUAAUGACAGGUUCAAGUAAUGUACAGUACUAUAAACAACGAGCUGAGGCAGUACGAGAAUUGGAAGCCACAGUUGUUGAAGUAGGUGAAUUAUUUAAUGACUUCUCUCGUCUUGUGCAUGAACAAGAAGAAGUUGUUCUUCGUAUUGACACUGAUGUAGACACUGCACUGCGACAUGUGAACGCAGGAAGUAAUGAAUUAAUGCGAUAUUUGGCAAACCUUAGUUCAAACCGUGGUCUUAUACUAAAAAUAUUUGGUGUACUGUUCUUUUUCUUGAUGUUCUUUGGAUUUGUUGUUGUUCGAUAA